GAGAGAGAGCAAGUAUUUCGAAUGUUCACAUAAACACGACGAAAUUCUGUGUUUAUGUAAACAUAUCAAAAUUCACCCCGGUUGGCCGACACGAAGCGCAAACGUUCUUCGGAGGCGAAUGCGCAUCGAAGCUGUUUCCUCCCCUGCCAGUUUGAUUGGGUUGGUGGUCGCGACAACACAACACUGGUUGAGAGAGUCCACGAUCUCCAUCGCUCAAAAAGGAUAUAAAGAAAAAAAGAGAAGACGACAUAGGAAACAAAUAAAACGGCACAUUAGUCCUUUGCCGUACAAUAAUGGUAGCACCAGUCGACGUAGGUAAGAACGUAAGAUCCCUCGUACGGGUACCGGGAAGCGGUCGGGGAAAGCAAGACUUUUCUACAGUCCUGAUGGACUUCACCCACGUUUCCACAUUGGCUGCCAUGUCCCCAGUGCCCACCGAUCUUCCUGCUGCCAUAGCUGCGGGCAAUUCGGAAAGAAAUCUUGCCGAGUUCAAGAUAAAAGGGAUGGACUCUCCUGCGAUCUCUCGACAGAAUCUGCAGCCUUCUGUUCCUCCGACAGGGAACACGGAAAGCGCAUCGAGCGCGAGUCCUCUAGUUGGCAGGAUCCAGCCUAGGCUUUACGUCGUCAAGAGAGUGCAUCCCAUGGCGGCGCAGAGGCCAUUUGAACGCCCUGUCACCAAAACAGUCAGGGUAAACACUUCUACAAGAACUGUCUUUGUCAUGCUUCCUUCAAGAAGCAAUAAUGGCCAUGUACAACUACGGGCGGAGUCGGUAACACGGAUAGCUGUCGUUACCGGCAGUAUCAGGAGCCAGUCCAAUGCACAGACACUCAACGGAAAAGGGCAAUAAGCUGCCUGUUUUUUUUUGGAUAUUGUUUUGAGUGCGGCUAUUGCCAUAUAUAUAAUUGUGUGUGUGAGUAGUGCUCUUCCGUGGGUUAUCUACCACGGUGUCACACUUUAGAUUGCUAGAUCGUUCUUUUAAUUCCAUUCGCAGGAAUGUUAUAACUCUUUCAUUCUUGUACAAUUUUGCAAUUUUGUUUACUCUUGAAUUGUAUUGCAAAUUUUGGAAAACGAUUCGUCUUUUUGUGACGUCACGAAUCAAUAAUAUCCUACAUGUAACAAUAAAAAAUGUAAACUAGA